GAGUUCAAUCUGGUCAUUUGAACAUUUCUGCCUCAACGUUUUGGCCAAUUUGUUCUUGCUCUUAAGUAAAUGCCCAUUUUGAGGCCUGUUUGGGAGUUGAAAGCAACUUUUUUGUCAUCCAACGCAUGGGGAGCCUGUUCAACAUUCAUCUGGGCCGUGGGAGUAUGGUUUUAAGUGUCUUGCUGGAGUGGAUCUCUUUUAUUAACAGAAGUACUAAAUUAAUUGGCCGUUACGAUGCAGAGGAGUAAAAUCGUAGCUUUCAUGAUUAUACUUACAUCUGGAGUCUGGUGUACACCUGUAGAUGACACACAGGGAUGUGACAUCCAUCACCCUGAUGCCAUCACCAACAUAGAUUCCAUUGUGAUUAAGUUCACCACGACGGGCAAAGAGUGUGCUUUUGGAGUGACAGACAGAAACACCAGUGGUGACCCAAAAGUAACAGACUGUCAUAAAAGUCCGGGAUCUGAAGACGAGUACCAGUGCGAGGUUCAAAGUUUAGAGCCCGGGACCGCUUAUCAUCUGAGAAUAGAAUCCAAGACAGACGGAGCACAGGCAAAUGUGUCCUUUUCCACACGUCCUUCUGCAGUUGAGGCCCUCCAGGUCUCCGGAUCCUACGAAAGCCUGGACGUUUCCUGGCAGCCAGGCCCCGGCAGGGUUGACAGCAUUCGGGUACUGCUCGUGGACAGUUUAGGCCUAAGCGCCACCUGGAAUCAAACCCUGGAGGUCACAGCAACAUCCUACAGCUUCAGAAGACUGGUCCCUGGACGCCGGUAUAAUGUCACAGUGGUGGCAGAGGCAGGGGGCCAUAGAGCGCUGCGUGUUAUGGCCACUCAGACAGUACCUGCAGUGGUCACCAACCUGAAGCUGGACAAUGAGGCCAGCCAGGACAGCCUGACUGCAUCGUGGGAGCGUCCGGCAGGCGAUGUGGACGGCUACCUGCUCGCCCUCUCGGCCGGUGGGUCUGUCCUGCAGGAGAGGAGCCUCCCGUCCAACGCCUCAGAGGCAGUCUUCCAGCAGCUCACCCCCGGUCAGAGCUACAGCCUCUCCGUGUCCACCGCCAGCGGAGAGCUCUCCAACCAGACCAGCGCCCUCGGACAAACGAGCCCAGCCGGAGUAUCUGAGCUCACUCUGAAGAGCCUGGCCGACUGCAGUGGUCUGAAGCUGACGUGGUCGCCCCCUGCUGGUGUGUGGGAGCGCUACCGCGUGCUGCUGCUCAAGGGCUCCGAGGUGAUGGCCAACCAGACGCUGAAGAAGACGGUGACGGAGCUCGACCUCGGGGACCUGGGCUUGGGCCCCGGCGAUGCGGACAGGGCUGCGGUCAUCACGGAGAGCGGGACACUCGCCACGGCCAAAUACUGCGAUGGAGGCGCAGCCCCUGCUCCUGUCUCCGACCUGCACAUCCGCCACGCGGACGAGACGUCGCUAAGCGCCAUGUGGAGCCACACCCCUGGCGCUGCCCCUCGGAGUGGGUACAAGGUGGAGCUGCUCCAUGGCAACACCACCCUGGGGGUCAGGGAGCUGAACGCAGACAUGAGGGAGUGCACCUUCAACGUGCUCACCCCUGGACGCGCAUACCAGAUCAACGUGCUGACCAUCACUGGGGCCUUCUGCAGCUCUGCCUCACUGACCGGGAGAACUGCCCCUUUCGAGGUGCGUCAGCUGAACAUCAGGAACCGAACGUCCGACUCCCUGCAGGCCACCUGGGUCCCGACGGCGGGCGACGUGGACUCCUACCGCCUGCUGCUGUUCCACGGCGUCCAGCUGGUUCAGAACGAGAGCGUGCCGGCCAACGCCACCUCCCACUGGCUCCGGGGCCUGACCCCCGGCGCCCCCUACAGGCUGCAGGUCCUCACCCUCAGCGGAGGCCUGGCCUCCAAAGCUGUGCUGGCGGAGGGGCGCACAGUGCCAGCAGCUGUUAGCGCGGUCACCGUAAGCAAUAAUGGUCGGCCAGAUUUCCUUAGCGUAUCAUGGAAACCGGCAGAGGGAGAGGUUGAUAACUACAAAGUCCUGCUGAAAUACGGCGACACGACCGUGCACAGCCAGGUGCUGUCCAAGACCAGCCAUGAGUGCGUCUUCAACUCCUUGGUGUCAGGUCGACUGUACACCUUAUCCAUAGCAACGCGCAGUGGCAGCUUCGAAAAAGUCACCAUCGUGAAACAGCGCACACAGCCUUCAAGCGUUCAGAAACCAACAGUCACCCACUCAGCUCGCGACAGCUUCCUGAAGGUAUACUGGUCCCAUGCUGCUGGAGACUUCGACAGCUACGAGGUGGCCAUCAAGUACAACAACACGGUCCAGCAGAAAAAGAAACUGGACCGCUCCCAGAACGAGUGCGUCUUCGACUCCCUGAUCUCAGGGCGCUUGUACACAAUCACCGUGUCAACUUGGAGCGGAGACUAUGAGACCAGUGUGUCCGCAGAUGGAAGGACAUUGCCUGCGGCGGUGGAGUCCCUCGCCCUGGCCGGGAGCAGCAGUGGGGUGUUAUGGGUCACCUGGUCUCCUGCACAGGGGGACGUGGAUCACUACGAGGUGCAGCUGCUCUUCAACGACACCCAGGUGUUCCCUCCCGAUAAGCUGGGCAGCGACGCGCACGAGCACCGAUUCCUGACGCUCACUCCAGGGCGGCUUUAUAAGAUUGUGGUGUCGACGUUCAGCGGUGACAUUCAACGGCCUCAACGAAUUCAGGGACGCACAGUGCCGAGCCAGGUGAGAAGCCUCCAGGUGAUGCCCGGGAGCCACAGCGGGUCGCUGCGGGCCGCCUGGACCCCUGGGGAGGGAGACGUGGACUCGUACGCCAUCGCCCUGACGCUCGGCGGCCAGGUGCAGGCCAGCCGCGAGCUGCCCAAGCAGGUGACGGAGACGGACUUCCAGAACCUUCUGCCUGGCCAGCUGUACAACAUCACGGUGCAGUCCGUGAGCGGAGCGCUGGUCAAUAAUCGGACCAGCAGCGGAAGGACAGUCCCAUCUGCGGUGACUGCCCUGCAAGCGGACACGGAGCACACCACCCACAGCCUGACGGUGACCUGGGAGCACCCGACGGGCAUCUACGACGGCUACGUCCUGCAGCUGCUGGACGACAACAAGGGCGUGGUGACCAACGCCACGCUGCCCGCCGCCGCCUCUCGCCACCUGGUGCAGGGCCUUACGCCAGGCUGCUGGUACACGGUGCGUCUGCAGACGCUCAGCGGGGGCACGCGUAGUCCUGAUGCCAGCGCUGAGGGACAGACACGUCCGGCGGCGGUGAACGGCCUGGCCGUGCGCACCAACACCACCAGCGAGCUGAGCUUCCGCUGGAGCGGUUCGGAGGGCCACGUGGACAGCUACGGCCUCUACCUGUACCGGCAGGACGACACCAUGCAGCACCACAACAAGGUGGGGCCCGGCGCGCGCAGCUUCACCUUCCGCGACCUGCAGCCCGGCACGCUCUACAAGAUCGUGGUGCUGAGCCACAGCCGCGACAUGACCAACGACUCGUCCAUCUGGGCGCGCACCGUGCCGUCCCAAGUGCUGGGGCUGCAGGCGCGGCACCAGGAGCAGACGGACAGCCUGCACGUGAGCUGGCGCCGCGGGCCGGGCGAGCUGAGCGAGAUCCUGGCGUCGCUCUACGGGCCCGACGGCUCCCAGCAGGCCGAGCAGCGGCUGGGGCCCGAGCGCGCCGAGCACGUCUUCCAGGGCCUGGUGCCCGGCCGCCUGUACAGCGCCGUGGUCGCCUCGCACAGCGGGGAGCUCAGCAACACGGCGACGGUCGCCGGACGCACGGUCCCGCUCCCUCCGAGAUCCCUCCGCUCCAGGUGCACGGAGGACGCCAACGGCACCGUGGAGAUGAUCUGGUCGCCGCCGGCGAUGGGCGACUUCGACGACUUCGAGCUGCAGUGGUACCCGCGCGACCGGCUGUCCGUGCGGAGGGUGAGCCCCAUGCAGCGGGCGCUGAGCGGUCUCCACCCGGGCCGCCUGUACAACUUCACGCUGCGCACCGUGAGUGGAGGGGCCGGAGGGGGCGCCGUAGGGGCCGUGGCCUACAGCCCGGUCGUCCGAAUCCCCGUCCGCACCGCUCCAGGGCAAGUGCUGCACAUGCACUGUCGGCCGCAGACCUCCACGGCCGUGUCCUGCUCCUGGACGCCGCCGGAGGCCGACCACGACGGCUACGAGGUGGACUGCCGUCUCGAGGACACGGGCGAGCGCGUCUACUCCAUGCUGCUCGAGCGCGACGCCACACAGCACCAGAUCGAGAAGCUGGUCCCGCACCGGAACUACGCCAUCUCCGUCCGUGCCAAGGCGGGGGGUCUCAGCAGCCCGCCGGCCAAAGGGAGCGCCGUCACCAUGAUCGACCGUCCCCCAGAGCCCUCGGAGAGUGUGCGGGUGAACGAUCGAGCUGCCCGCGUCACUCAGUCCACCAUCUUCUUCAAGUUCAACUGCAGCUGGUUCAGCGACGUUAACGGGGCCGUGCGCCUCUUCACCAUCGUCGUUGCUGAGUCUGACGAUGGCGAACUGGUUCAGCCAGAGAGAAAGCACCCGCUGCCCUCGUACCUGGACUACAAGAUGAACAGCUCUGUGCGGGCCUACCAGACCAACUACUUCUCCAGCCACUGUGCCGACAAUCCUGACAUGGCAGGCAAGGUGUUUGAGAUCAACCUGGGGGCCGGGAUGGACACGUUGGGGGGACCGUGCGAGCUGGACCCCGAUAAGAGGCACUACCUCAACACCUUCUGUGACGGACCUCUCAGGGCCAAAACUGCAUACAGGCUAAGCAUCAGAGCCUUCACUCAGCUGUUUGAGGACAAUCAAAAGGAGCCCCUCUUCACAGACACGUACCUGUCUCUGCCCCUCACCACCCAGCCAGAGCCUUUGAGUGGAAUCAUCGAGGGGCUCAGCGCGGGAAUGUUCCUGACCGGCAUGAUGAUCGCCGUCAUCGCUCUGCUCAUCUACAGACAGCGCGUCCGCAAAGUAGCUGUGCAGGAAGGCCCUGUGGUCAGGAUGAGCAUGUGGAAGGAGGUGCCGACCUCAGGGAUGUACAUGGGCGUGCGGAGCAAUCGCCGUGUGACAAGCCCGGUGAAAGCCUCGCACUUUGAGACCCACCUCUCCAAACUGCUGGCGGACUCUAAUUACCUGCUCUCGGAGGAGUUUGAGGACCUGAAAGACGUGGGGCGAAACCAGCCUCUGGAUGCAGCUCGCUUACCGGAGAACCGUGGCAAGAAUCGAUACAACAAUAUACUGCCCUACGAUUCCACCAGGGUGAAGCUGUCCUACUUGGAAGACGACCCUUGUUCAGACUUCAUCAACGCCAGCUACAUGCCGGUGAAGUGUGACCACUACUGGCCCCAGAACAGAGAGCCGCUGUACUACGGGGACCUGGUGGUGCAGGUGCUCUCCGAGUCUGUGCUCCCGGAGUGGACCAUCCGCGAGUUCAAGAUCUGCUACGAGGGGCAGCUGGCGUACCCGCGCGUGGUGCGGCACUUCCACUACACGGUGUGGCCCGACCACGGCGUGCCCGAGACCACCCAGUCCCUCAUCCAGUACGUGCGCACCGUGCGCGACUACAUCGACCGGGUGCCCACCUCCGGGCCCACCGUGGUGCACUGCAGUGCUGGAGUGGGUCGGACGGGCACCUUCAUUGCGCUGGACCGGGCCUUACAGCAGCUGGACGGUCGCGGGACGGUGGACAUUUAUGGCUGCGUGUUCGACCUUCGCCUCCACCGCUCGCACAUGGUCCAAACAGAGUGCCAGUAUGCGUUCCUGCAUCAGUGUGUGCGGGACGUCCUCCGGGCCAGGAAGCUGCGCUGCGAACAGGAGAACCCGCUCUACCCCAUCUAUGAGAACUUCAACCCGGAAUACUACAGAGAUAUUAUAUUCACUGGGCCCUAAAGGGUCUGAAGGAUCUUGCUGGAUUUGUUUUGAGUUUUUUAUUUUUUGUUCAUUUUUCAGUUAUUUUCAUAGCUGGAGUACUACAGGGAAAUAGCCUUUAUUUUUGUAAGCUCUAUGAUGUUCAUUGGUUCUCAGCUAUCUUCUCAAGUUUUUUAUAUCUCUAUUUAAAUGUCACAAAGCAUUGUAUAUAUAGAUAUUUAUAUUUACUUUUUACAUCAAUACAUCAAUUUGCUAAGUCAUGCUUUUGCACCUAAUGAUUGGAGUUUCCAAGUAAUGAUUAUGUUUAAAUGCCAUACUAACAUGAACCCAUACCAGUAUAGCUACCAAACAAUGACCAGGAUAAGUGAUAUGCAUUUUGUGUAUGUACAAUAUAUGUCUGAAAUAAGCAAGUUAUGUGCCAGUCAUAUAGGUUAAUGUGAAACAAACAUGUGUGUCUAGACUUUUAGAUAUUCACGGCAGACUUACUGCUUGGGCAAUGAGACUGGUUGGAGGGCGUUUGAUUGCUGUUGUCUUAGCUGAAGUCAUUGCGGUGCCUGUUUAAGUGCUGUUGAAGCUGUCAAGUGUAGCAGAGCUGCUUGCUCGAGGUGCUCAGGCCUUUUACGAUGCUGCCCGAAGAAAAUUACUCCUUUGUUUUUAUUCCACCUAUAGUCAGACACUCCCUGCUGAUGAUGGGUAAAUUUGGCUGCGCAUAGCCAGAGUGUAGCUGUAGUUUAGUGUGUGUGUGUGUGUGUGUGUGUGUGUGUGUGUGUGUGUGUGUGUGUAAUUGCUACCUCCUCUAAUGGUUCGUUCAGUGGCUUGUAGCAGUUCUAGUGCCUCCAGCACAUUCCCCAUCCUCUGAGACAACAGUUAAGAAAAACAACAACAUAAACAUUGACACGAAUACCAGGAAAAUAAUCAAAACCAAAUGCACAUUUAUCUCACCGAAAUUUGAAUUAAAUGUCAAAAAACGCUGACCUACCGCAAGACACUCCCCAGGCGGAGAACAUGUCCUUUUCAUAUCGGACGCCUGACAUUUCUGAUCGGAUCUCCACAGCUAAGCCCAGAGGAGCUCUUUCCCUCUGUUUCAAUGAAGGCUGUUGUGGUUGUCAUUACCGCAAACCAAGCAGCAGAAUUUCAUCUAAAAAAAAGAGAAAAAAAAGAUCACUUUUCUUUGAGGUGGACGCAUUUGGCGGAAUGCAAAUGUUGUUCCACUGAAAGGAGAGAUUGUGGUGUACUUUCCCGCUCUACCCCCCCCAAACACCUCUCUCUCAAUUUGACAUCACAGUCGGCAGUUAUUUGUUGUGAGGCCGUCUUAUUCUUCACUGCAGAAUAUUGACUGUACUGUACAGGGCACGAAGUGAAAGAAAUGUCACUAGUUUUCAAUGGCAUGACAGAAAUGAGGUGUCCAUGUUAUUGAAUCCCAAUACACACACACACACACACACACACACACACACACACACACACACACACUCCACUCGGGAGUCAAUAUAAUACAGAUGAGUAGAGGAGAGGACAGUAAGCACCCUUUAAAAGUCUUUGAAGCUGACCUACACAGAUGUAGUGCACUAGUGCUAAGCUGUAGACCUGGGUCACACUCCCCAUCCUCCCAUCCUCAACAGUGCUUCCUCCUCUCCGUUUGUCGGUUUGUUUUUGUUUGUUUGUGUGCUUGUGGGUUUGUUUACUGCAUCUAAGCACCUGACCUCCCACAUGAACAUGCCUGUCCCGCGCUCCAUCGCUAUGUUCAGCUAUGAAUCCCCUGAUCCUUCUUGGACCUGUCGAGAAGGAUCAGGGGAUUCAUAGCUGAACCCUCAGAGUUGUUUUUCCUCACGAGUGCUUUGUGUAGAUUACCUAGGCAGGGUGAACCUUGCCUGACCUGCCGGCGAAUUUGGAUUUCGCUCGGCAGCUCAGGCUGGAAACCUGCACAUCUAUCUCCCCAGCUUCCUGUCCACAACCUUUGGGUCCAAUCACAAACUAGCUUAUCCAAAAGACGCACCGGAUCGUUGGUCUGAUUGGUUGAAGGACUAUCCAAGCGUACGGAGUCAUUUGAGCGAUGCCGCACUGAUCACGCCUCUUGUGCAGUAGAAAUACUGUAAAGCACAGCCUCCCCAUACUCAAUCUUAAAAGAUUGAGUUUAGUAUGGCGAUAGCCAGACUAUUAGGAUACCUACAUUUAUAGAGAAACCCAAUCUGUUGUUUAGCAGAGGGAAGAGGGAGAUCUUAAUUCACUUCCAUAGAAUGUUUUCCCAUACCGUUGGCAGAUAAGGGUGGCAGACUGAUUGACCUUGUGAAUGUAAGAAUUUAUAGAUGUCUUUAUCAGGAUUUGUUCCUUCUUUUUUAAAAGAAAUAUGCACUUAACUGCACACACUCUAGUUUCCAAAGAUAUCUAGUCAGGGAUAUACUGUAGACGUGUCUGUUUUGUUAGUCAAAAUGAUCUUAGAAAAUAGAUCUGCGUGGAUUUAAAACUAACUGGACUAAAGUUUAAACAUUAGAUAGGGUUAUGUGUUUCAUUUCAUUGAUUUGAUUAGAACCUUGUCUUAAAAGCUCUCUACAGGGUGGCAAUUGAUAUUAUCCUAUUCUAGAAAUAAGAUUAUGUUUUACUUAGCCUGAGAAAGAAGAAUUAUUAUCAUUUAUAUAUAUAUAUAUAUCUAUAUCUAUAUAUAAUCUGAAUUAUUUAUUAUUCAUAUCAAACAUGAAUCUUAUCUGCUCGCAAGUGAAACGUAAUAAGACAUUUUUGCUAUUUGUCACAAAAUCUGGUCAUUUUCAAUACGAUGCCUCCACUCAUGAGGAAUAGUUUGUUUCCCUUUGGUUCAUGUUUAUUUAUUAUUCUAUUUGUUUUAUGACAUUUGAAUAACAUUUGUAAACAAAGUUAUCUUGUCAGCUCAUCUGAUCUCUAAAUCUAAUGUUUUAUAUGCUGAAUUUGUUUUGUGGUCAUCGUGCAACAAUUGCACAAAACUAUGCUUGCCUAUGAUAGUCCUUACAAUGUGAUGAUGAAACUAUGACACAAUUAAGGGAAAUUGUUCAUAAUUCUUCAUUUUUGAAAUGAAAAUAAUAACAUACACUGGAUUAAAAAAAAUAUAGGAUUGUACAUAUUUUAUUAAAUGUGGUAUUUUACACAUGAUAAGAAUAUACCCUGCUUGUACCCAUCCUCUGUCUAUGUGUGCAUGUAUAUCUAUGCUGUAUCAACAUUCUAGAUUUAUGAGAAUAUAUGCUGGCUACUGAGACAAAGUGGAAAUGCCACACGUGUAACCUUACAUGUCAUUUUAUACCCCAUAUGACCCAUAUGCUAUCAUGAAGGAAAUGUUAAGAAAAUAGUUUGAUGUCACAAUCUCCUGAAUAUGUUUUGUUUCAUGUUGUUUGUAUCAUUGUGUUGUAUACGGUGUUCUUUCUUUGAUCAUUAUAGUCACUGCAAUGCAUUGAAAUGAUGUGCCAUUUGAUAGAUGCCGUUGCUGUUAAACUAUGCAGAGGAAAUCCGUGAAGAAAAAGCCAGAGUUAUGGUGCCUGACAGCCUAUUCAAUCUGUGUGCACUGAUCUUGUGACUCUUCUCUCUCCCCUCAAAAACUCUUACUGGCAUUAAAAUGCAUCACUUGGAGAUGGGUUAAGUUAGAGGUGGCAGUAUGAGUAAUUACUUAGUCCCCGAUUUGCGAGGCCCCAGGAAAAAGCUAUUGGCUUUUUUGAAAGAAUGUUUUUUCAGAGGAAUGUCAUAGCCCAAAUGUGCAAAUGAUGCACUGAAAAGAAUACUAAUUCAAAUGUAGAGACAAGAUGAAGACAUACUGACUUCCUCAAUAAAGCGAUCAUGCCCAACUAU